AGAGAGGAAGGACAACAGGCUCCGAGUCUACAGCAGGAGAAAAUUGUCAAAGAUACAGCCGGGAAACCAGCAGCCUUCAGCAUGUCAUUUGAUCAGGGCAUGAUGGAGUCACCUCCUCGACCAGAGCUGUUUGAUUUCCAUGGAGUGCCAAUGGUUCACUAUUUCACAGACAACUGGGAGAACGUUCAAAACUUUCAGGCCAGGCCAGAUGAUAUACUUAUUGCAACAUACCCCAAAGCAGGAACCACAUGGGUCUCCUACAUCCUCGAUCUGCUGUAUUUUGGACAGACAGAACGACAGAGAUCUGUCCCAAUCUUUGAGAGAGUGCCUUUCUUGGAGAUGCUCAUCCCAUCUCUGAAUUCAGGAAAAGAUCUGGCUGACAACCUGCCCACCUCUCCUCGGCUCAUUAAGACUCACUUUCCAGUCCAGUUUGUGCCAAAGUCCUUUUGGGAGCAAAACUGCAGGGUAGUCUAUGUGGCCCGCAAUGCCAAAGACAACCUGGUGUCUUAUUUUCACUUUGAUCGCAUGAACAUGAUUCACCCAGAGCCUGGAGACUGGAGGAACUACUUUCACAGAUUCAUGGAGGGAAAGAUGGUGUGGGGAUCCUGGUAUGACCAUGUGAACGGCUGGUGGACGAAGAAACAGACUUAUCCAAAAAUUCAUUACAUGUUUUACGAAGACCUGAGUGAGGACACUGGACGGGAAAUAGACAAACUCUGCAGCUUUCUUGGUUUGUCUCGAUCAGAUGAGGAGAAGAAAAGGGUUGCAGGUGGAUCGCAUUUUGAUAAUAUGAAAAAGGACAACAUGGCCAACUAUUCUAUGAUCCCAGUUCUGGAUUCCAGAAUUUCUCCUUUCAUGAGAAAAGGGAAAGUUGGUGACUGGAAGAACCAUUUCACUGUUUCCCAGAAUGAACAGUUUGAUGAAGACUACAAGAAAAAGAUGAAGGACGUCAGACUUAAGUUCCGAACUGAAAUUUGAACAAGACUAGACAAAAAUGUGGCAUUUCUGUGAGAAAUUCUAGUUACUGUUGCCUGUAUCAGAGGUGUACAGUGAAUCUCUUGUUAAUUAUCAUCAUAAAGGUUUAAGGCUGUGAACAAUAUAUUAUGAUGAAACAAGAUGGAAAUCAAAUGACUGGUUGUGUCUGCAAGUGAAUAUUUCCUUUAGAACAAGUGAAUGUAUGCAUAGAAAACAGAAAAAUUAAUUAAUGAUGUAAUUAACCAAAAGCAGGCCUAGUUAAAUAACGAAAAUGUAUAGUCUGAUGUCAACUAAGACUGAGCGAUAUCAGUCUUUAUUAUUUCAAUAUGAUUCUUUCAUUACAAUUUUAAUGAUACCAAUACCACUGCUGACACUGAUAAUUUCUUAAUAAUAGAUAAUUAAUCUAUUAUUGUUUAACCCUGCUUAUAACUGUCAGGUUUUGUUGUUUUUAAAUGACUGAAGAUGUGACAAUUCUGACAUGCUGAGGACCCAAGCGCUGACACAAAGCACAAGACGAGAGUUUAGUAAUUGAAGGGUGUUUAUUAUUUACAGUGAGAGGAUUCCUUCUAGAGACCUUGGGUGCUCGGAUGAGCGUCCAAAGCCUCGGCAGGGAAGCAAGUGGGCAGGCAGGCAGGUAAGCAGGCAGGCAGGCAGGCAGG